AUGGACGACCCAGCAAAACCUGACAAGAAGUCGACAGACGAUGUGAAGAGAACAGGGACGUGGGCGGCUCAGUAUCUUGCAGAGAAGCAGCAACAAAACAGUACCGGUACUCGCAGCUGGAAGUCGGUCCUCCAUCCUUCCGUGAUUCAAGCGGUGCUAGCAGUGAGCGGGCGAUGCCUGAUCGCCCCCAUCUUGCUGAUCAUUGUCUGCGGCAUUACCGGCUACUUCUCCAGCGCCACCUUCUUCAUCGAGGCCAAAGACAGCUACUUCGCCUACAGUCAACUGGACCCGGUGAUGCAUGGGGGGUGCACGGGCUGCGUCUGCUCGUGCCGAAAGGUGCUGAUCCAGCUGAGCGCUUUCGGAACUGACGCGAUUCUGAGCAAGCCAGCGUAUGAAGACCUCCAAGCCAUCGCGACCGAAGCUGUGGCUAACAACGACUACAGCAGAUUGACCCCCGCGGCGCUGGCUUUGGCUGAUCAGCUUGACUCGGACGGGGCUGUGUCCAGCGGGCCGGAUGGAAUUCUGAGUGUGAUCAACACUUUGGGGCUGUCGCUCCCUCCUCAGAUGAGGCGCGAGCUUGAAGUCGCUGUCGAGAGGAAGAACGAGUGUGUGUCGCGAUGGAACAUCGGCGUUUUGCUGCGUCUUCACAAGUUCCAGACAGUCAAGGGGAGUUCCGAGUACGCAUCCGUUCCGGUGGCUGACAUCAACACGUUCCCACACUACACGGAUUGUCGCCCAGACAUCCAAAACGAGGGAAUUAUCGGCGAAAAGCUUGCGUACGCUACGGAUGGAGAAGAUCUGCUCGCUGUUACCAAGGCUACCGUCUACGGAUACACAACCGUCACGCAACCGCUUUUUCGGUCGUACUAUGCGGGGUGUCGCGUCCGAACUGUGAAUACUACGGGAGUAUACGUUGAAGAUACAUGUACGCUGUUGGAGCACUGGCGUUCGUACGGCCUCACUCUACAAGCUCCCGAUGAUCUGCCCGUUUGCUCGACUGGCGACGUAUGUGUUCGCAACCAAUACAAUUCCGAGUGGGAGUACACGAACGACCUGAGCUCCACAGACCCCACACGACUCGAGCAAAUUAUCAGCGUCUUUCGAAGUCGAUACGCCGAUACAGUGGAGCUGAGUGUGUUACCCUGCAUGCUCGUUGCGCAAAUUUUGCUCAUGGGGGUCAUCAGUCUGUACCAAGUGAUGUCGCACAAGAAAUCCGUGAUUCUCGCGCAGAUUUGGGCCUAUCGGUGCCAGAAUGGACGCAUGCAGCCGAUUUACCUCGCUCAGGUCACGUAUCACCUCGCGUUCAACUCCAACAUGUACUACCUGGGACUAUCCACUGGAACUUUGUCUUCCGCUUCGGUGCUCAAUCUCUCGCUCUGUUUUUUCGCGUUCGCCUAUUCGACCGUAAACUUGAUUAAGGCUCGCAGCGGUGAACAAGUUCUGGACCGGGACUUCAGACUCCCGUGGGAAGUCAUUCUCCUCACAGCCACGGUGUGCGUCGGCGCUGUGAUUUUUUCGUACCGAAUCACUUCGUUGGCAUUUAUCGGCGACAAGAACGGCCAGCUCCUGCGACGAACGUCCGUCCUCGGUGCCAAGUACUGCGGCCUGCAGGAUUCCUGCUAUGUGUUCACCUACAAUUUGGUAUUCGUGGUUGCUGCCGCGUCCCUUGCUCUCGGAUUGCUCGCAGCAAUUAUCACUUUUCUGCUCAAACUGUACAAGAAGCGCAAUCCUGGAGCAAAGAUGUACCACUACCGCGUCAGCAACGCUGGUUUGCCUGGAGCAGGGGAGCAGCUUGCGAAACAACGGCUCACGUCAUUCGAGGAAAAUUGCCUUGGGGUUCCGUUCACUCGACUGUUCAAAGACUGCGACGACUUCGCAUACACCAUGCACAUAGACAAACGAUGCUCGACGGUUGAGGCGGUGCUGCUCACGGGCUAUCUGUUCUAUGGAGAGAACCUCUACCAGGCUAGUUCUGUGGUGUUGCUUCUGAUUGCUCGACUCUUGCCACGCAAGGUAAUUCGCACGUUCAAUCAGCUCUUCAUACGCUGGUACAUCGAACCCGAACUUGGCACAAUUUCGUACCCAAUGUCGUGCCCUUGGUACAUAGCUAGUGCCGAAAACUACAAGCUCUCUGAUGCGAUUCCUCUGGCAUAG